UGGUGAAGUAGUUGAGUGAUGCGGCCACGUGGGAGCUCGGAAACAGCUUUAGUUUCGCACGUGUGAAAUGGGCCGAUUGAUUUUGAUUGUUUGUAAAAAAAAAAAAAAACUAGGGUUUUAAAGCGUAGAUGAUCAGGUUACACUCGAUUUCACCAAAGCCAACAAAAACACAAACACUUGAGUAAGCCAUUUUCGAAUUCUCGGAGAGGAUCACAGAUCUUUUCGUCCAUUCUCGAUAAAGAUGGCGGCUAUGGCAGCGAAGCUUCAUAUAUCAGCGAAAUCGGAUCAGAGCAGUGUUCGAUUGCCUAGAGUGAUCAACCUCUCACGCGAUCUGACGACUAGAGUCUCGUUUCCAAGACAAGGAUCGGUUUGUUCACUCCACACUAAUUUCUCAUCUCCAAAACUCGCGGUUCCAUGCGCCGGAGGCGGUGAUGGUGGAGGAAGCAUCGGUAAUCACGGCGGCGGAAGCGGCGGAGGAGGAGAUGGUUACGGAGGUGGUUCAGGCGGUGAAGCUGGAGAAGAAUCGUCUCCAUGGGGACCAAUUGGGAUGUUCUUACAAGGAUGGAGAUCACGAGUUGCAGCUGAUCCUCAAUUCCCUUUUAAGGUACUAAUGGAAGAGAUCGUAGGACUUAGCGCUUGUGUUCUCGGUGACAUGGCUUCACGACCUAACUUUGGAUUGAACGAGCUCGAUUUCGUUUUCUCCACUCUCGUUGUAGGUUCGAUUCUCAAUUUCGUACUCAUGUAUCUGUUAGCUCCUACUGCAACUACCCUUGGCGCUUCACAGACUUUGCCUGGAAUCUUUAGAAACUGUCCAUCUAGUCAUAUGUUUGAACAGGGUAGUUUCACUCUUAUGAACCGUUGUGGGACUCUUGUGUACAAAGGAAUGGUUUUUGCUACUGUGGGAUUAGCUGCAGGUCUUGUUGGAACAGCUAUCUCUAAUGGUUUGAUCUUGCUGAGGAAGAAGAUGGACCCUGGUUUCGAAACGCCGAACAAACCGCCGCCUACUGUGUUGAAUUCUUUGACUUGGGCAACGCAUAUGGGGGUGAGUGCCAAUGUGAGGUACCAGACGUUGAAUGGGAUUGAGUUCUUGCUGGCUAAGGUGUUGCCGCCAUUGGUGUUUAAAACCGGUGUAGUGGUUUUAAGGUGUGCGAACAAUGUUGCUGGAGGUAUGUCGUUUGUUAUAUUGGCGAGGAUGACGGGUUCACAGUCUGUGGAGGAGAAGGUAGAGAUGUCAGAGAUUUCAGAGAAAGAGAAGGAUGAUUGAAUCUCUCAUCUUAGUCUUUUUGAGGUUUUAGUUCCUCUUGUGUUUUCCGUCCGUUCAUAGGUAUCUCUGAGUUUGAAACCAUUUUCCGCAAUACGACUUUAGUUCUGGUUUGUGUUGGAAUAAAUAAGAUGAACUUCUUUAGGUCCAUCCUAAUAUUUGGAUGUCAUUGUUAGGCCAAGUUUGCUGUUUUCUUUAUCUACUACCAUGAAUAUAAAACUCAAUAAGAGAAUUGAAUGAUUUGUUUCUCGGACA